AUGAGCCAAUAUUGCAUCUUCAUAAAAAUUGCACUUCGUCCUGUUGUAAGCAGUCAUUCUGAUUAUGUUGAUGAUACUUUUUCUCAGUGGAAACAGCCUUUUAUUCAACAAGCUCUCUCACAGAUUGUUGUGACAGCAUCUUCUUCAUUGUACAAUCCACUUCUUCAAGCCUGUGCCGGCUACUUAUCUUCAUACUCACCAUCUCAUGCUAUGGCUGCAUGUAUUCUUAUUGAUCUAUGUUGUGGCGUGCUAGCCCCUUGGAUACCUCAGGUCAUUGCAAAGGUUGAUUUAACUGUAGAACUCAUUGAGGACCUUCUGGGCAUAAUCCAGGGAGCCCGUAACUCAUCAGCUCAUGCUUGCGCCCAUGCUCGUGCUGCACUUAAGUACAUACUGCUAGGUCUUUCUGGUCACAUGGAUGAUAUACUAGGGAAAUAUAAGUGGAAAUGGUGGAGCGUUUUCAGGAACAAAAUCGCCUUUUGCAACAUAUUUGCCUUUCCGGAGAAGCAAGAGCAAGCUUGUCAUAUUGCCCUCAACAUCAUCCAUUCAGCGACUCGGAAACCAGCUGUUCUUCCUUCUUUGGAAUCUGAAUGGAGGUGUCAAUCAGUGCCCCCAAGUGUCCUCCUCUCAAUAUUGGAGCCCCGCAUACAAUUACCUCCAGAUAUUGACAUGUGCAAAUCUCCCAUUUCUAAAGAUGUUGAGUAUGAAUCCUCGAAUGUUUCAUGUGUCCAACAUUUUGACUCUGAUGGCAAGACAGAAGUGCCUGAUACAGUCAGCAAGAUGGAUGUUUUAGAAGAUGCUAGUCUUCUUUUUGCUCCUUCAGAACUUCGGAGUAUCAAUCUGACUAAUGUUAGUAGUGGUCCUAAAGAAAACAUCCUUGAAUUAAACCAAUCAGAGUUAAACUCAGAACAGAAAGACAUUGAGAAAGAAUAUUCUAAUCAAUUUCUAAACAGUUUAGUUUUAGAUUCUGGUUUCACUGCAGAAUAUUACAAUUUGCAAGCAGACUAUUUUCAGCUCAUGAACUUCAGGGACUGUGAGCUUAAGGUAUCUGAAUUUGAGCGGUUGGCUUUGGAUUUACACUCACAGCAUGAGGUUUCCACUGAAAGCCAUGAUGCCGCUAUAGAUGCUUUGCUCUUGGCUGCAGAAUGCUAUGUCAAUCCUUCCUUUGUGAUCUCUCUUAAAGCCAGUUCCAAUAUCAUGAAUCAGAUGAGCCUUAGUCGGGUUAAAAUUCCAAAAGUUUUUGAAAUUUCAGAGCUUAGAAGGGUUUGUACUAAGAAUAAAAAUAAUUUGCAAACAAUAGCUCAUCUUGAAAAGAAUAGAGACAAGGUUGUCCUUAAGAUACUGCUUGAAGCUGCUGAAUUAGACAGGAAAUAUCAUCUGAAGUUGUCUGAUGGAGAUGAUUGUCGAAGUUACUCUGCAGAAUCUGAUGAGCAGCUCAUUGAAAUGUAUCCCUUUGAUAUACAGGCAAUGGAUGCUGUCACCUUGGUUAGACAAAAUCAAGCCUUAUUGUGCAAUUUCUUGAUUAAGAGGUUGCAGGGAGAACAACAUUCUUUGCUUGAAAUUCUCUUACAUUGUCUUGUGUUUCUGUUGCACUCGGCCACUAAGCUAUACUGUACCCCUUAUGAGGUGAUUGAUAUUAUAUUGAAAUCAGGUAACUACCUUAAUGGGAUGUUAACAUCCUUGUAUUGUCAGCUCAAAGAAGGCAAGUGCCAACAGAAUCCUGAAAAGGUACGUGGAAUGCAACGUCGCUGGAUACUGCUGCAAAGAUUGGUAAUUGCUUCAAGUGGUGCCGGUGUUGCAUCAGAUUUUUCUGUCAAUAUCAAUAAUGGUUUCCGCCAAGGGAAUUUGAUUCCUCCUUCAGCCUGGAUGCAGAAAAUAUCCACAUUUUCUCAUUCUACUUCCCCUCUUGUUCGCUUCCUUGGCUGGAUGGCAGUAUCUCGAAAUGCAAAACAAUUCAUAAAGGAGCGCCUUUUCCUAACUUCAGACAUGUCAGAACUGGCAUAUUUACUCAAUAUAUUCGCAGAUGAGCUUGCAGUUGUAGAUAAAUGUGUUUAUCCUAAUUAUGAAGAUCGAAAGAUUGAACAAUGUGGUGGUAAACAAGUUUCUCCAACCUCUAAUGGCUUUGAGGUUACUGAUGGGCAGCAUGGAGAUCAAUCUUUCCAUGCCAUAUACCCUGAUCUCUGUAAAUUCUUUCCAAAUAUGAAAAAGCAAUUUGAAGCAUUUGGGGAAAUCAUUUUGGAAGCCGUUGGGUUGCAGCUUAAAUCACUACCUACUGCUGUUGUGCCUGAUAUUUUGUGCUGGUUUUCUGAUUUGUGUUCAUGGCCAUUUUUUCAAGAGGACCAAGCUACUUCACAGAGUUCUCAUCAUUUGAAGGGCUAUGUUGCGAAGAAUGCCAAAGCAAUAAUUCUCUACAUACUAGAAGCCGUUGCUGUGGAGCACAUGGAAGCUCUGGUGCCUGAGAUACCAAGAGUGGUGCAAGUUCUGAUAUCCCUUUGUAAAGCCUCGUAUUGUGAUGUGUCUUUCCUUGAUUCUGUAUUACAUCUGUUAAAGCCAAUUAUCACCUAUUCGUUGCAUAGGGUGUCGGAUGAGGAGCAACUAUUGGUUGGUGAUUCUUGUCACAAUUUCGAGUCUUUAUGCUUUGAUGAGCUUUUUAGUAACAUCAGACAAAGAAAUGAGAAUGAUGACAGUUCUGUUGCAAAAGUAUUCAGCAGGGCACUGACAAUUUUCAUACUGGCUUCUGUAUUUCCAGACUUAUCCUUCCAACGUAGAAGAGAAAUAUUGCAAUCAUUAACAUUGUGGGCUGAUUUUACUGCUUUUGAGCCAACUACUACUUUUUAUGACUACCUCUGUGCUUUUAACAGUAUCAUGGGAAGCUGCAAAGUUUUCUUACUUCAAAAUUUAAAGGUAUCUAAUUUUAUUCCUCUUCAGUUGCCUGACUCAGACUCCAGGACUCUUAGCGAAAGUGGCUCAGAAUCUUUCUCAUGGUUUCUUAAUGAUGUAUUACCUUGUUCCACUCCAAAUGAAACUUCAGAGAAGCUGGAAAGUAACAACACUGAUGCUGUUGUCUUGAAUGAAAAAGAGUACCAUCUAUCUGGAGAGGAAAUAAAGGAGUUCACAAAAGACUUAGAGGGUCUUGUUCCUAAGCUUUAUCCAACUAUUGAGAAAUGUUGGUCUCUUCAUCUUCAGCUUGCAAAGAAGUUAACUAUUACAUUGGCACAGUGUUUUAUAUACUCCAGAUGCUUGUCUUCAAUUGCUCCGACAAUUCAUAAUGCUGAAGGGGAUAACAAUGAAAAUCCUUUGCCUUCUAAAGUAGUUGACAGGUUGCCAGCUCAGUGGAAAACAGGUCUUGAAGGUCUUGCUGGAAUGAUUUUGAUGCUCCAAGAAAAUGCUUGCUGGCAAGUUGCGGCUGUGAUGCUUGAUUGCCUUCUUGGCGUGCCCCUUAGUUUUCCACUUGAUGAUGUUAUCAAUCCUAUUUGUAUUGCGUUAAAAGACUUCUGUUGCAAGGCACCAAAAAUCUCUUGGCGUUUGCAAACUGAUAAAUGGUUGCCAAUAUUAUCCUUAAGAGGCAUCCAUAAUCUUCAUGAAAGUGAUAUUCCUCCUCUAGUUAAUCUCUAUGUUACAAUGUUGGGUCACCCUGAACCUGAGCAACAGUUCACAGCGCUUCAGCACUUGGGUAGAUUGAUAGGACAAGAUUUAUAUGGUGGGAAAAUGCUGCAGUCUUCAAACUUUUACAAUCGGUUAGUUUUGCCAGGUUCAAUUCAUCAUAUUCCUGAAAAGAUACUGUCACUUUUGGUCUCUAGUACAUGGGGUCAGGUAGCUGUUCUGGUGUCAUCGAAUGCAUCAUUAUCCUUGAGGGCUUGUGCAAUGGCACUUCUUGUGGAUUUUAUUCCAUUUGUUGAUAGGCCCCAGUUGCAAUCCUUCCUUGCAGCAGCGGAUAGUCUUUUAUAUGGCUUAGGCAGGCUCGUUUAUCCUAUUUGUGAGGGACAAUUACUUAAACUUUCAUUGGCACUUAUUAUUAGUGCUUGUCUAUACUCUCCAGCUGAAGAUAUUUCUUUGAUCCCUCAAAAAGUUUGGGAAAAUAUUGAGACUUUAGGCUUUUCCAAAGCUGAAUACAGGCUUCCAGAUCUUGAAAAGCAGGCAUGCCGGGUCUUGUGUAGAUUGAGAAAUGGAGAUGACGAUAAAGAGGUCCUGAAAGAAGUGCUCUCCUCAAGUUGCGCAAAACAACUUGACCCUGAAUUUGGAAGCACCCGAGAGUCAAUUCUUCAGGUCCUUGCUAAUCUAACUUCUGUUAAGUCAUACUUUGAUAUAUUCGAAAAGAAAAUGGACGAAGAGACUAUGGAACUAGAGGAGGCUGAAAUGGAAUUGGAGAUUAUUCAAAAAGAACCUGCACUGCAAGAAUCAUUGGAAGCUUCUAAGGGCAACCAGCUUCCACGUCUUGCCACUCCUGUGAAAGAUGAAAACCGGCUUCAACAGAUCAAGGAGUGCAUUCAUUCCUUAGAAAAGAACAAAAUUCAAGAAGAUAUAGUAGCUCGCAGGCAACAGAAACUUCGAUUGAGACAUGCUCGUAAAAAGUAUCUGGAAGAGGCAACUUUGCGAGAAGCUGAGCUUUUGCAAGAACUUGAUAGGGAAAGAACAGCUGAAGCUGAAAAAGAGAUUGAAAGACAGCGUUUGCUAGAACUUGAACGUGCUAAAACAAGGGAACUACGACACAAUCUGGAUAUGGAAAAGGAGAGGCAAACACAGAGAGAACUUCAACGAGAAUUGGAGCAGGCCGAAUCUGGACUAAGAUCUUCAAGACGUGACUUGCCUUCAUCUCAUAGUAGUAGGCCACGAGAUAGGUACCGAGAGAGGGAAAAUGGAAGAUCGAGUAAUGAAGGAAGCACACGAACUAGUAGCAGUCUACAAUCCGAAACCACAUCAAUGGCUGCAAUGCCAACAGUUGUCCUGUCUGGAUCACGAUCAUUUUCUGGCCAGGCCCCCACUAUUUUACAGUCACGUGACCGCGCAGAUGAUUGUGGCAGCGGUUAUGAAGAAAUUUUCGACGGAAGCAAGGACUCGGGAGACGCAGCCAGCGUCGGUGACCUAGAGUUGGCAUCUUCAUUUGAUGGAGGGCAGCCUGGUGGUUUCGGGUCAUCCCAAAGGCACGGAUCCAGAGGGAUCAAGUCCAGGAAGGCAUUAGAGAGGCGAGAGAGGGAUGGUCGACGCGAGAGCAAGUGGGAGAGAAAACAUUAUUGACCUACUUGCCUGGGAAAUGGCAAGGCUUAUUUACAUAGGAGGAGAUUUACAGGCUGCUAUUGUUGAAUCCUGAGGUGGUUCUGGUUCAUGUUGUACCUGUGCUUGAAAAUAUGUAAAAUAUUGUUGUGGCUUCUGCCCCCAUUGACCAUAUAUAUUUCGUCAAUGAUGAAAUGAAUGGUAUUUAAACAUUUCACAGAUAGGGGCAUUAUUAAUAUUUUUG